GCGGGUCGGAGGUGACGCUGGGCGGAGCAAGAUGGCGGCGGCGGCGGUGGAGACGGAGACGGCCCACGUUGCCAGGUGCGCCAACCGGACCCCGCACGCUGUGUCGUGGGGCCGCGGCCUGGCCCUCGCAUCCUGUCGCUCGGUCCUGAUUUACGACCCCGAGAAAAGACGUGUAACUGAAAUUCUGAAUGGACAUAAAGGAAGAGUUAACUGUGUGCAUUGGGUUCAGAAAGAUGGUUGUGAUUCUGAGGUGGAACUGGUGUCUGGAGCAUCUGAUAGCUGUCUGAUCGUUUGGGAGUUGCGGAAUUCUAAAUUUGCAGCAUCCACCCGAUUGGAAGGACAUUCAGGAGCUGUGUGUGCAGUAACUGCAAUACAUGGAGCUGGUGAAAAUCCAAAAUUGCUGAUUGCUUCAGCAGCAGCCGAUUCUUCUGUUAAAAUAUGGAGGAAACAAGGUUUAAUGGGAGAAUGCAUACAAACCCUCUGCUUUGGAAAUGGUUUCAUGAUGGAUGUUGCACUAGCGCGAUUGCCAAGCAGCGAUGCUGUGAUUCUGGCUUGUGGUGGCGAUGACAGCAACGUCUAUUUAUUUAUACAGGCAGGUGAACAAUUUCAGAAAAUCCAUUCACUUAGAGGGCAUGAAGACUGGGUUCGAGGAGUUGAAUGGGCUGCAUGUGAUGGGAACCUCUUGUUAGCAAGCUGCUCACAAGACUGCUUGAUACGCAUAUGGAAAAUAUUCAUAAGAACAGAAUCUUCUUCCAAGGAUUCUGAUGAAGGGAUUAUCAAACUGAAGGAAGAUGUCUUUAAUGUCCGUAGUAAGCAGGGCGAGGUGUCAUAUGCAGUGACACUGGAAACAGUAUUGUCUGGUCAUGAAAACUGGGUUUAUGGGCUACAUUGGCAUCCUCCUAUUUACAAAGAUGGCAGACUUGAACAGCCCUUGUCCUUGUUAUCUGCAUCAAUGGAUAAAACAAUGAUCAUUUGGGCUUCAGAUGAAGAAUCUGAUGUGUGGUUGGAACAGAUUCGUGUUGGAGAAGUGGGUGGAAAUACACUGGGAUUCUAUGGCUGCCAAUUUAGUCCCGAUGGAUCAAUGAUAUUAGCUCACGCAUUCCAUGGAGCUCUACAUCUCUGGCGUAAAAACAAAUUAAAUGGAGAAUGGAGCCCAGAAGUUGUGCUGUCCGGACAUUUUGGCUCUGUCCAAGACUUGAUCUGGGAUCCCGAGGGAGAAUUUAUUUUAAGUGUUGGUGCUGAUCAGACAACAAGAUUAUUUGCUCCUUGGAGAAGGCCAGGAUACGACCAGGUGACCUGGCAUGAAAUUGCCCGACCACAAAUACAUGGAUUCGAUAUGCAGUGCAUAGCUAUGAUCAGUCGUUUUCAAUUUGUUUCUGGUGCUGAUGAGAAAGUGCUUCGAGUCUUCACUGCCACCAAAAAUUUUGUCGAAAAUUUCAGUUCCAUUACUCAUGCGCCACUUGAAGAUAUGCUUUCAACAAAUAUAUGCAAUGAAAUCCCCGAAGGUGCCAGUGUACCUGCUUUAGGAUUGUCAAACAAGGCACUUUUUCAAGGAGAUUUUGCGGCCAAUCCAAGUAAAAUGGAUCCAAGUGCAAUGCCUCUCAAUGCUGCUGACCAAUAUUCCCAGACUUACUUCCACCCGAUCUGCCUUACAGAACCUCCCUCAGAAGAUCAUCUUUUGCAGAGCACACUCUGGGCUGAGGUUCAGAAGCUGUAUGGGCAUGGCUAUGAAGUAUUCUGUGUUGCUUGUAAUUCCUCGUUCACUGUGGUGGCUUCAGCGUGUAAGGCCUCCAAGGUGGAACAUGCCGCAAUUAUUUUGUGGAGUACAUCGAAUUGGAAACAGCUACUUAGUUUGCCGUUGCACAGCCUGACCAUCACUCAGUUGGCGUUUUCACCGAAUGACCGAUUCUUGUUGGCAGUUUCACGAGACCGAACCUGGUCUCUCUGGAAGCAACGUGAAGUGGCCGAAUCUAAUACGGAUCCUUUUUUCUCCCUCUUCGCGCACACUGAUAAAAAUAACGCUAUCCACAGCCGAAUUAUUUGGUCAUGUGACUGGACUUUUAACAGCAAAUACUUUGUCACUGGGAGUCGUGACAAGAAGCUGGUUGUGUGGGGUGAUGUGGAUUCAGCUGGAAGAAGUGAAGAAAAUCCUGGUGUUGUUCGACCGUGUUCCUCAGUGUUGGAUGUAGGGGAUGCAGUGACAGCUGUUAGCUUUAACUCUGUUACAAGUCUCGAUGGGAGCUAUAUUCUUGCAGUGGGUUUGGACUGUGGAGAUAUAUUAUUAUACAAGUGGAAGCCAAAAGUAAAUCCAUCAGCAAAUAUCGACUGGGUGAAAUGUGUGAAACUGGACAAAUCACAAUGCCAUACCCUAACCGUGAAGCGACUACGUUGGAGAGGACCUGUGGGGCGAGCAGGUUAUAAAGAUGAAGAUGGCAGUGAAUGGUUACAAUUAGCAAGUUGUGGUGCUGAUCAUGGUAUCAGUAUUUUCAAUAUUAAUCGAUUGUCACUCUAAGUUAACGGAAAGGAAUCCAUAUUCAGAUUUGCUACAUUCAUGUGGGAAAGCAUCUUCCAGCGAGCAGUAACAAUGUGCUACUAAUCUUAUUCCGCAGAUAUAGUGUAUAUUGUGAGAGUUUGAACAACUGCAAGACAAAUUGGGACAGAGGACAGUUUCAUGAACUCAUUUAAAAGUAAGGAUUUGAUAUUUAUGGGCAUUCUCUGGCCAAUGGUAUUUCAAUAACAGAACGCAGAAUAGGGACAAGCCCAGCGGCCCACAGUAUCUGCACUAAACAUGAUGCCAGACCAAUUCUUAUCUGCGUGUACACAAUCCAUAUCCCACCACAUCCAUGCGCCUAUCGAAAAGUCUCUUAAAUGCCAUUAUCUAAUAAGCCUCUACACCACUGUCUAAAAAAACGUUUCCUUUAAACUUCUCCCAUAAAGCCAGGCCCUUAGGAUUGUAUGUUUUCAUCCUGGGAAAAUGGUUCUAACUGUCUAUGCUUCUCAUAACUUCAUAUACUUCUAUCAGGACUCCCUUCCAGUGUUCCAGAGGAAACAAUCCAAGGCUGUCCAAUGUCUCCCUGUAACAAAUAACCCCUAAAUUAAGCAUCAUUCUCCGCUGCACUUUCUCCAAAGGCUCCAUCCUGUAUUGGGGCAACCAGAACUGAAUGCAAUUCCCCAAAUGCAGCCUAACUAAUGUCCUAUUAAGCUGCAUCUUGACUUGCUGACACUUGUACUCAAUGCCCUGAUUGAUAUGCACCAUAUGCCUUCUUUACUACUCCAUCUACUUGUGUUGCCACUUUCAGGUAAUCAUGGACUUGGAUUCCAAGAUGCCUCUGCACAUCUAUGCUGUUAAGUGUCUUGCCAUUAAUUGUAUAUUUUACCCUUGCAUUCGACCUCCAAAGUGCAACACCUUACCUUGCUCAGAUUGCUAUUUUACCACCCGUGUGUGUUGCUGAUCUAUAUCCUGCGGUAUACAUUGGCAGCCUUCCUCACAGUUUGUGACCCAAGCACUAUUAGUGUCAUCUGCAAAUGUAUCUACAUUAUGUCCAACCUAGCUAUGUUUAGGCUCGUCCUUUAUAUAUAAUCACAAACAGCAGAGGGCCAUCACAGAUCGCUGCAAUACUCCAAUGGUCACAGACCUCCAGCCUGAACCUUGUCCUUCCACCACAACCCUUCCAUUUUAUCAGUAAGGCAGUUCGGAAUUCAAACGAUCAAGUCAUUGUUAAUCCCAUGCAUCUUAAUCUUCUGAUCAGCCUAUUAUGAAGGACUUUAUCAAAUGCCUUACUAAAAUCCAUCACCUUCAUUAUCUCCUUUAAAAACUUAAUCACGUUAGUAAAACAUGACCUGCCAUGUACAAAGCUAUGCUGACUGUCCCUAAUUAAACCAUUCUCUGCAAAAUAGGAAUAAAUUCUAUUCAGAGGAUUCCUCUUCAAUAGUUUCCCAGCCAUUGAUUUGAGGCUCACCAGCCUAUGGAUUCUCCUUACUUCAGAUCAACAAAGAAACAUACAUGAUUUUGAACAAAAAUAAAACUGCAUGGGUUUCAAAAUAAUGUUCUCAAACAUUUCAUAUAAAUGUUAAGUAGAGCGAAUAGGACGAUGUUUCAAUCCCUGUGGUAAGUCAGCACUCAGGGAGUGGUGUGGUAGGGUAGGUACGUCUUCGGGGUCAUCAGGUGGGCACCCUCCUUCUUUGACGUUUCAUUGAUAAGCCCACAACGUUUCCAGAGGGCUCAACGGUGAUACCUGGCGUCCCAGGUACACCCACCUCAGUUCUAUAUUCCGCUUGGGGAGUCUGCAGCCUGCGGGCUUGAACAUUGAAUUCUCCCAAUUUUGUUAGCCCCUGCUGUCUCCUCCCCCCUUCCUUAGCCCUCGGGCUGUCUUCUCCCAUCCCCCAGCCCUCGGGCUCCUCCUCCUCCUUUUUCCUUCCUUCUCCCCGCCACCCCCUAUCAGUCUGAAGAAGGGUUCCGGCCCGAAACGUUGCCUAUUUCCUUCGCUCCAUAGAUACUGCUGCACCCGCUGAGUUUCUCCAGCUUUUUUGUGUACCCUCAGUUCUAUACCCUCCUGUCUUCGUCUUGCAGCCCAAUUGGUGUCUUUCCUUUUAAUCCAAAGCCAAUUGCUGCUUUUUUCUGCUGAAUUUGACAAUGGCUUGAUUGGUUGUUGGAGGGAGCCACCCCUCACCCCAUUUUGUUUUUAAUAGACUGGUCAUAGAUGUAUUAACAAAUCCCCUGCAUCCCACUUCUACAGGGAAAAUCUUGGUCUUCCAGCCAUUUUGGGCAGCUUCAGUUGCUAGUUCAGAGUACUUGGUCUUUUUCCUCUCAGAAGCUUCAUCAACACCAUCUUCUGUCAAUUCCACAACGUAAGAAACCUCAUUGACUGAUAAUGCUAAUAUUUGUACCAAAUAAUUGUUUGAGAAAAUUAUAUCAGGAAAGUAAACAUAAACUUGGAAUAGUGCCACAGUUCAACUCAUCAGAAAGUUAAGGAACACCCUUCAGACAGAUAAGAAAAGCUUAAUGGUGAAAGUUGAAAAUAAGAAUUAAGAAAUGGACAAACUACAGGACAGACAGAAGAGGCACAUGCCUAUUUAAUGGAGUUUCAACAGAAUUUUGAAAAUUAUGUCUGCAGUGUAAACAAACUCUGGAAGUUAUGAAGCAACUGGAUAAUUUUCCCAGAAUCGUUGCCGUCAUUGCCAACAGUUAGGUUGCUUCUUGCACAAUUGUUGUCAAAAGACCCCAUGUUUCCAACACAUUUUUAUAAUUGUUUAACAGUUUACUGUGCAAAUAAUUACAUUUCAACAACAGGUUCUCUGUGCUUUAUAUUGCUUCCCAUUUGCAGACAACCAACCACCACAUUACACAGCAAUAGGAAGGUUCUCCAGGGUAAAAGUAACAAAAUAUUUUUUUUUUGCUCAGAAUAAAAUUAAAUUACUGGGUUCUGUAUAAAAUUACAGUGCAAGUAAAAUAAUUAAAUAGUUACCUUGUUAUUAAGUAUAGUAGGAAAGAUUAGACUUGGAACAAUAUUUAUUCUUCAUUCUCUAUAGGUACACAGCUUGAUCUGUGUACUAUAUUUUCUGUAUUCCUUUUCUUUAAGGAACUGCAGAUGCAGGUUUACAAUAAUUGAGAUAAAAUGUUGGGGUAACUCAGUUGGUCAGGCAACAUCACCAAAGUGCAUGUUUUGAGUCUGGGCACGUCUUCAGACUGAUUGUAUUUGGGGGAAGAAAGCUCCAGUCCUGAAGUGUUGCCUGGCCUGCUGAGUUACUCCAAUAUUUUGUCUUGCUUUUCUUUUCCUUUUCAGCAUCCUUCAGAAACUUCUGCAUUUACCUUAGUUUACAGUUUGCUUCAACAUUUUUUCUAUCAGUUCAGCUCCAAUCAAACUGACCUUGCGUGCUUUCAUUUGUCUCACCCAUCUAUAUUGCAAAGGUAAAUUAAUUAUUUGGGAAAGCUCAUUCAUACACUCGUGUGCUAUAUCAUACAUUUGUCAUAUUUCAUUUAUUAACAGAUGCUGACUUUAUUGCUGAUGUCCAAUUGUUACUUUAUGGUGGAAAAUAUAUACAUUCACAAAGCAA